AUGUGGCCCACCGAUGAGAAAGGUGUAACCAGCUUCACCUCGAUAUUCCCUGGGUUUUAUACCAAUCGUGCCAUUCACAUUCACGUGCAAGUGCACACAAACUGGAGUAUAACCAGCAAUGGCACCAUCGGUGCAGGCAGAACAGUCAAUACGGCCCAGUUGUUUGUCAACGAAGAUGUAGCCACAGAGAUCAUGGCAGUCCCUCCGUAUUCCCAUCACACUCAGAUCCAGCGGAAACCAGUGUCAGAGGACGGGGUUUAUUAUGAGGAAUCGUUGACGGGGGCCAUGGCUAUCAUGGAUACGGAGCCACUAGAUGGUCAGGAUUAUAGGAACGGAGUCCUUGGGUAUAUUACCUUGGGCGUUGAUACGACCGCUAUCCAUAAUGGAACCACUGAAGACCCGAACCCCCCCUAUCCCAACCGGUGGAAGUAA